AAGAGCUUACUUUGGGCCCGAGUGCUAAAACGCAGUGAAUGUCGAAGCAAUGGGCAUGUGGUCUUCGCGCGAAGACCUCAAUGUUGCACAAUUGUUGGCCGUCCUGGUGACUUGCGCGAUAUUUUGUGCAAUUUGGAUAAUUCUGAAGCCCCGUGGCUUCGUUGUCCAACUUUGCACAUGCUGCUUUGUUUUGUCAUUGGUUUGUACACAGCUUCUCAUGAAAGAGCUCGCUUCCACUGUGAAAUUCAGAUAUCCAGCAAUUGUCACAAGUCUACAUUUUUUAUCCGUUUGGAUUGUUGCUUGGAUAUUUUGGGCUUUUCACGGUGAGUUGCUUGUUCGGUGCAACCCUGCAUCCUUGGGGUCAUCCCGCCGGUUUUUCACCUUUGUGCUGCCCAUCGCUGCCUCGCUGCCUUUGUCAAUUGUCUUCAACAACACUUCCUUGCUAUACAUGGGGGCUGGGCUUGCUGGUGUUGUUGGCACCAUGGCGCCCAUUGUUACAGCAAUUUUAACACAUUUUCUUGGACGGAGAAUAAGCAGACAUGGCUGGAUUGGAGUUCUUGUAGCAACAUGUGGAGCUUCGUUUAUUGCAUUUGGCGAAGCAGAUCCUGGCAAAGAAGAUGGCUUAGUGCUCCUGGGGCUUAUGUUUUGCACCAUGUCAGUCUUUCUGCGUGCUGUGAAGGCAGUUUUGCAAGAUCAGCUUCUUCAGCCUGCAGCUUAUUCAAGCCGGUCUGAUUUAGAGAAAGGCAUCCAGCCUUUGGGAUCACAAGAAGCGCUUACACCAAUGCAUGUGUGGGCUUUGACUGCUCCACCGUGUACACUAUUGGCCUUGGCAUACGCUUUCACUACAGAGAGCUUUGAAUCUGCCUUGCAAGAAGUUACUCCAACUUCUGGUGCUUUUGUGCUGACCAGUUGUUUUAGUGCAACAGUUCUCAACAUCCUUGGCUUGAUGAGUGUCAAGCAACUGGGAGCAAGUUCCAUGCAAAUAGUUGGAAAACUCAAUACAAUAGUUCUCCUCGCCCUCUCAAUGGGGUUCUGGGGCGAAAGCAUGCCGAAGGAGGUCUUGGUGGGCACGUGCUUCGCCCUUAUGGGUGUUGCAAUAUUUGAGCGAGGAGGUUCCAUGAGGCCAGCAAAACUGUCACAGCCCUCGUGAGACUCGUGAGCCCAAAGAUGGGCCAGUCCUAAAAGCGAUUUGGACAGCAAGUAGCGUCCUUGCUCCUAGUAGUACGGCCAGGAGCCCCUAGGAUAGAUAGAGCGAACAAGCGGCUAAAGAACGCUGCGCUUUACACUUGUACGACCUGCCAAAGGGAGCAGCGUUUUGAUUCGGGUUGGCUUCCAAAACAUGGAGAUCACAACUCAUAGUUUCGCGGUGUUUUGCCGCACCGAACCAGUGAUUCGCACCAAAAGCAUUGCUUGCGACAUUGUGUAGCAAGCACAGUUGAGACACAUGAAUGAAGUGGAUCUGGAACCCCAAAAUGGUCAUGUUUCCUGAGGCAGCAGCCAUUCGCAGGCAGCAG